UGGGAGGCCCAUCCUCCCGGCGAGGAGGGUUGGACUUCCGCUCCCAGCAUGCUCCGCGCCCUUGGCCUUAGGCCCUAAUCCUUGACAUAAGCGCUCAGCGUGAGGCCUUGGAGGGUCGCAUCGGCUCCACGAGGCUCAGGGGAAAAUGGCGAAAAGCUUAAGGAGCAAGUGGAAAAGGAAGAUGCGGGCAGAAAAAAGGAAAAAGAAUGCCCCAAAGGAACUCAUUCGCCUAAAGAAUAUUCUGAAAACGGAUGGUGACGUUUUAAUGAAAGAGGUGGAUGAGAUAGCAACCGUGGUGAAGCCCACACAGGUCAAAGAAAAAGGAGACGGUGUAAUGGAAGAGCCAGAGGGUGUCUGCAAGAUGGAAACGGAUAAUAAAAGAAAUAAAAAGAGUCUCCUGGACCAGCAUGGACAGUACCCGAUUUGGAUGAAUCCCAGGCAGAGGAAGAGGCUGAAGGCAAAACGGGAAAAGGGGAAAGGCAAAAAAAAGGCACCAAAGGGUUUGGCAUGGUAGAACCUCUAGAAGAAGAGAAAUCUCCUAGGGGUAGUAUGUCAGUCUAAAAAAGGGAAUGUCGAUUGAUUGGAGCAGAGGUGAUUUCUAAAUUUUGACUCGGCCCGUAACUUGAACGUGAACUCAACGUAUUGGACUUGAGGGUUCUGAGCUCCAGGUGUACUGUCUUGUGCAAAAACCUGAUUUGGAUUAUGAUAACACGCGCGUCUCGACAAACGCCUUUUUAAUUAUAUAGGGAUUUCAUGCUUUGCCAGUUUGGUAGCUCCAUGCCAAUUUCUUUGCUGUUUUAACUUUUAAAAUAACCUUCAUUUCAAAGGAGAGAUGUCCAAUUUCAAAGAGGUGACGUGCCACAUUAUGAGAGUUUUUCAGACAGUGAUGUUAAAUGCUGUUUUGCCCGUCCUGUUUACUACUAAAAUCUCACUUGAACUACCCUGCACAACCCAGAAGUCUGUAUGGCUCUUUGUUAUGUCUGGCUAAAAGUCCUUUUCUAUUUUUGGAGGAAAGGGGAUGGAGAUGACGACAGUGAAGACCAGGAGGGUUUCUUAGAUUAAGUUGCCUGAUGGUUAUUAAAAUGUAUAAAAAUGGUAAGCUCA